UACUCCACAGUGCGUAUGCCCAGCUAAGGUAUACGUUGCAUUACAUAUUGCUUCAUGUAUUUGGUUAUGUAGCAGUGCAAGUUCAAUAAAUAGAGAAUCCACAUCGACAGCGGUAUGUGGGGUGCUUUUUAGGUCUAUCAAAUUUAGUCGCUUUAUCUACGUUCCAUUUCUAAUAUUAUGAUUAUUCUUGAUUAGUUAUCUAACUGUGAAAACAACAUGAGCUUAUAUUUUUAACAUAUGAGUCUUAAAUUAAUUAUUUUUUUCGUUUUUACGAGGUGAAUCAGAUUGAUAACAAACUGGCAUAAAAUAAAUAAAUAUUUAGGUCUCGUAUCUGUUAAUAGAAAUUUGCGUAGUAACGAAACGUGAUUGUAACCGACCAAUCAGAAGCGUUGCCCCUUCCGCUCGACAGCAGCGCCGCUAGCGACCUAAACAAAAACUAAAGCGAAAUAACUCCAUCUUGUCUGACAGAUUUGUGUGUUUAUUGUGAAUAUUUCGUAUAUCUUUAGCAAAUGUACCUAUUUACUAAUAAUUACUAUUAUAUUUAAUGCGUAAACUAUCUGGAGUUUCGUUAUACAUUAAAUAAUACAAACAUUUAACGGGGGUGUCGUAAUUCGGAGUGAAUCUACCAGUGACGAAGUGUCCAUCUCAUUGACUGGUAUAUAGUUACUUAUUUUUGUGAUAAGCGGAGCGCGCGGGGCUUGCGGACGGCUUUUGUCAACAAGAAGCGUGCCUGAGCGGUCGCGUGACGCACGUGGUGCGCGACAGCGGCGCCGGCGCCGCGCCCCCGCGAUGGCGCCGUGACUCCGCCCGCACGCGCGCCGAUGCCAUGCUCGACCGCGUCCGCCACGCGCCCACACCACACAACUACGUGCUGCUCUCUGUUGAGAAGACAGUGCAGGCCUCUGUAUAAGGAGUUUGAUGCGUGGCCUGAGAUCUCAUUAGAACCUAACCCGGAGAGGAAAGAGAAGAAGGAACCACCUAUAAACCAAGGAGUCACGGUCAAUAACAACUACCAAAAUACGAUUGGACAGAAUCGCGAAAUGACACGGAAGAACAACCGUCCGCGAAUAAAAGAGAAAGAGGACAAAGAGCCUCAGGGCGGGUACUGCGAGGCGUGCGGCGCCAUGUUCGCCGACCUCGCCGCGCAUGCGCGCUCGCCGCGCCACGCCGCCUUCGCGCGCGACACCAGCAACUUCCUCGCGCUCGACUCCCUCAUCGGCGCCUCCUUCCUGCCCGUCAACGGCGAGCGCCGCUCCCUCCGCAACGUGUGCAACGGCGAGCUGGACUCCCGCAGAGUCAACGGCGCCUCCCCCCGCAACGGCGCCCUAGACGACGAACCCCGACGCACGCGCUGCAGGAAAACCGACAGCCAGGAGGACCGCCAGUAUUACAAAGUCGUCGGGGUCAGUACGAAGCUCCGGUCCAGCGGGGGCUUCGCCGCCAAACGGAAGGAUUCGUCCCCGACGUGCAACGGGAAACCGCUCGUAGUCAAGUUCAGAAAAGUGAGACGCUCCGAGCUGUCGGUGCUCAGUGACGAGGCGGAGCAGUUUAUGUUUCCGAAACGCGCCAGUUCGACCAGCUCGACUUCUUCGGAUGACGACGAUGAUGAUGAUGAAGACGAAAAAAAGGAGUCUCCUCGGCGAAAGACGCCGCCCCAGCCCGCGCCGGCGCUAGAACGGAGACGUCAGGCGCGCCCGACCGCAUUAAAAGAGGAAUCAUCCGAGGAAGACAGCUGGCUAGAUGACAAGCGGCGGCGGAAGCGACGAGUGGUCCCCGUCGUGAGGAGAACGCGUCGAGCGCCCUGUAAACCUCCCACGCCUGAGCCCGAACCGCCGCCCGAAAUAGAACUUCCAGUAGAAAAGGAACCUGUUCCAGACCCUGAGCCCGAAGUGAGUCCGCUCCGAGAGGAGCCGGUCGAGAAAUGUAUGAAAUGGGAGGAUGGCCGACUCAAGUAUACUCCGGCAGUGGAACAGUUGGAGUUCGCGUUCGAGAGCGUGCCGCGGAGUGAGCCCUGGUUCGAGACCUUCACGCGGCAGGACCACGACCAGGUCUCGAUCAAAAACGUGCCACGGUGUUUUGCAUUAUACUCCAAGUCGCCAAAGUUACCGUACGAGAUCGGUCUGCUGCCGCCGCUGAAGCCGGACUGCUGCGCGCUCAGCAACCUGCCGCGCCCCGCCGCCGCGCGCGAGCCGCGCUCCGAGCGCUACGGCACGCGCGGCCUCAAGUCCCGCAAGCUGCACAAGCGCAUCGCCGCCGUCGCGGCGCAGGACUCCCGGCCGAGGAAGUCCCCCCGCGAGCACGCCUCCACGCUCGCCAUGCUCGGCUCGGCCGGCCUGCACCGCCGCGGGCCCGACGACGCCAAGUCCACCGCCUCCGAGGACACCGUCAGCGACGCGCUCAGCGCCAAGCCGGAGCCCUCCGAGGCGCAGGAGGCCGGCGAGCGACUCCAGAAGUUCCUCUCCGAGGUGUUCGACGACGCCGCGGAGUUCGAGCUGGACGAGGUGGACGGCGGCGCGCUGCCCGCCGCGGCGGCGCCGCCCGACGUGCUGGGGCUCGUGUCGGAGUGCGACGGCUGCGACAUCAUCCGCAACGAGAUAGCGCAGGUCGCCGAGCGGCGCCGCGCGCGCCGCCGCGGCCGCUUCAAAAAGAAGAACAGGACCGGCUGGCCCAACAAGAGGAAGUCCAAGAAGGGCUCGCGCACCAACAGCUCCGAGAAAACCGAGAGCAGCCUCGAUCGGUCCUCCGUCGCGUCCGAGGACACGGCCAACGACACCUGCGACGAGGACAACCUGUCCGAGAUCGAGGAGACGACCCCGCCGAAGGUCAAGUCGGAGGACGAGCGGGAGGCGAUGGACGUCGACCGGGACGGAAAGUCCGACGACAAGCCGCUGCGGCUCGACGUGAAAGUGCUCCUGGAGGACGAGAAAAAAGCGGAGAAAGUGGCCAAAAGAGGGUCGGCGCGCUCGUCCGCGUCGGAGGAGGCGGAGGAGCGAGGGAGAAAGAAGAAACGCGCGCUGAGUAAUCUGGCCAGCUGGCUGCAGCCCGUCGUGCGCGUGGCGCGCGUGGACGCGGCGGCGCGGCGCCUGCGCUCCGCCGCCAAGCCGCGGCAAGCCCGCCUGCGGUAACCCCGCCCCAGUGAUACCCCGCCGGCUCACUGUACCUGAUGUACCAUGUCGGUGCGGCCGAACUAUACUACUGACUUCGACGAUUCCAGUGGAAUCUAAAUUUAUUUUUAUUGAAGGAUAUGAAUGUGACAAAUGUGCCGAUUGAAAGUGACAAUUUUCACGGGACGAACUAAGGUGCCCUCGGUUUUUGAGAUAAAUGACCUAGCAUAAUUAACUUUCGUAAUGUUAUCUUCCUGCAUAUUAGUUGUUUGCUCCUUUAGUCCAUAGUUUUUGAGUUUAAUUGCUAUUAGUUUUUCACUAUUUUGUUUUUUAUUUGGUCAACAAAUUGACCUCUUAUGUUCUUCGCGUAUGGAGGAGGAUGAUAUUAUAUAAAGUGUGACAAACGUAGCGUUUCGCCAUAGUCGUCAAUUUCGUUGUUUUCGUCUAGCACGCGCUGUGCAGUCGAGACUUUCUCAAAAACAUGUCUUUGAAAGAUAUAGUGCAUAAGUUUAUCAAAACUAUGUUUUUGAGGCUGGACAUAGGGUUUAGCUGUAAUGAGUAUUGUAAAUAUACUGUAAUUUAACCGAGUGUCCGUGUGUGUAUCUGAGAGAGCUUAGUCUGUAUAUAACUGUUGCGCGAAUGCGAACUGUUUCUUUUCCUUUUUAUUUAUAAACAAAUGAAAGUUAUCUCAUGUAAUUUCGUCAUUAAAAGUUGUAUAAAAUAUUAUGAUUCUCAA